GUCGUCGCCUAUGCCAGUGAGCCGCGCAGCUGCCGCGACCCGCGGGACAAGGACAGGGGUGCGAUGUGGGCCUUGGCACAGCAGAUGUUCGAGCAGUUCAAUCCCACCCUGGUUCUUAUUGAUGGCAACAGUAGACUCGGGGACAUCCGGUCGGACUUCGUGGAGCUGGAGGGCUUUCGACAGAAGCAGGGCAACAGCGGCCCAAAGCUGCGCGACGUCGCUUGCGAGCGUCACCUGUGCAUUGUCAAUGCGUUGGCCAGACAGACGCGGCAUGCACCGGGGCCCUGCCUGGUCAAACUCGAGGGGCCAAGUUCGGCGAAGGCCCCCAAAUGCGAGUACCAGUACACCUGGAAGCCCCACAACGGCAUGCCGCACAGGAUUGACUACAUCCUGAUGCGCGAGCACCUCUUCCAGUGGAUCGCCAAUUUUAGGACUGACCGCAGCUUCGACGGCACGGGCAAGCGCAAGGUGGCUGGGGGCCAAAGCAGAGCCAUGCUUUACGCGGAGAAGAUGAAGGGCGCUGACAAGCGCAAGGCCUGCCACAGGGACCUCGACGCGAUGCCACUACCGCCGUGGAGCCUCGACGUCAACAUGCAUUGCGACUGCAUCCGGGCCCGGGUCCAGGACUGCCUCCAGGACCACUUCGGCCAGGACCACUUCACUCCAAAGAUGCAUGCCAUGGUCCGCGACGCAAGUGUGUGUGGCAAUUAUGACGCCAUCUGGCUACCGUAUCUCUUGCAGCUUAAGAUGGCUCGUGGAACUCUUGACACUGCUGGCGUGGUUGUCUCAAGUCAGAUGUUAUUCCUGGACGGCGCGCCCGCUUUCUUCAACCGUUUUGCGACGAAGGCCGAGGGGCAGGAGAUGAGCAUCUUAGCCGACCAACUCAUGCGCACCAAGAAUGACGACGACCCCACAGAGCAAUCGAGGAUCGCCAAGCGGAUCCUCACGAUCUGGGGAAGGCCCGGCAAGUGGUCCUCCAUCUACCCAGAGAGGGGGGACACGGACGGCGCCAUCAUCACCCCGGACCAGCACCUCUGCAAGGCGCGCCUGCAUUACUUCGCCAGCGUUGAGCAGGCUCGCGCCAUCGACCCACGCGCGCACGUGGAGCGCUACAAUUUUACAGCCUACGGCAGUCAACCGCUCAGUGAGGCACCGUCUAGGUUGUCCUGGUCUCGCCAGGGCCUCGCCAGGAGCUUCCAGAAGGGCGCCCGGGGGAAGGUAGGCGCUGCCGUGGAGCUGCACAGGGCUGGCUCGUCUAGGCUUUUCACCACCUACCGCAGCAUACUUCUCAAUAGUAUCGUCGCGCAGCACCAUCGCGCCUUCCUGCGCAGCGUGGUCAUCGACGUGCACCUGGACCUUCUGAAGCACGCGCAGUGCGAGGGGAUUUCAAAGAGGAGUACUGCCAUGGCCACUUGCACUCUGAAGGCCUCCCCGCAGUCCUGCAAGCUGAACAACAUGGCCAGCAUUCUCCCGAUGAUCGACUUGAAGGCAGCAGUUUGCACGGUGGCCAGGCAGCACAUUGUCAGGGGGCCCACAGAUCAGGAGGACAUCACCGACAUAUACCAGAAGCCGGACAUCCGACACUGGACGGAGCCAGCCGCCCAGGAGUUGUUAGCACGACCUGGCCUGCUGCGCUCCAGGGCUUGGCCGUCGGCCACUGGCGACAUAGCCUCUAGUCUUGCGCUGCUCAUCAACAAGUACGGCUUCUCACUCGACUUCGACGAGACCAAUUUCCCCAUCGGCUUCUUUGGCCCGCGCGCUCGCAAGGCGAAGUUCGGCAUCGCGCAGACCAGCCCGGCCCACGCGCGGCACGAAGGUCUCUCGCUCGACUUGCAGAUCGUUGGCUCAGCAGUGAACCUCGGCGCGGCGAUCGACAGUCAGCGCAGCGAA